GUUGCCUAGGAAGGGCGCGUCGUCUCUCUGCUCGUCCGGCUGUGACGGGGAAGGGGUCCCGCUGCGUUUUGGUCACUGUGAGUACCAAGUUUGGGGGAUCCCCGAGGGACUCUCGAGAGCUCAUUUUAGGGAUGCAGGGGCUACUCCCCGGUGGUAGAGAGCUUUCUAGUUGGCAGGAGGUUUCGUAUGUGGAGGAGGCCAGCUUAGGCAGAAAGCACAUGUUCUCAGAGAUGAGGACAAGACUAAGACCGUCUAAUCCCUGAUCUUUACCUUCCGGCCCGCUGACCUGGGCCUGGAUGCUAAAGCCCUCUGCUUUCGUCUAAACAGCGCUAAAUAGUAAACAGUAUUGCCUAAGAUAAAUGCGGAUUAUUACCCGAUUCAGUGUCGGGAAAAGGCAGCUAGGAGAGAGCGGCUGGCACGUGGUAAGCACACGACUCAGGAGGAGACCACACCUUCCGGAGAACCAGGCCAGAACCGAAGUACUAUUUUGUAGCUCUCAGAAGCCAGGACUCUGCAACACUGUUUGCUGCCUGUGGAUCUUCUAUAUUCACAGUGUCCCAGUUGCUUCUGAUCUACCACUGUUAGAUACUUCUGCCACCCAUCCUAAGAGUAUAGUUGUUCUUGGAAAGGAGUCUCAGCUGCUGUCAGCAGGAGUCCCUCAUUCGACUCCUGUGGUUGCCCUUUCCAUCAUGCCAAAGAAUAAAGGCAAAGGAGGCAAAAACAGGCGCAGAGGUAAAAAUGAAAAUGAAUCUGAGAAAAGAGAGUUGGUGUUUAAAGAGGAUGGGCAGGAGUAUGCUCAGGUGAUCAAAAUGCUGGGAAAUGGACGGUUGGAAGCAAUGUGCUUUGACGGUGUGAGGAGGCUGUGCCAUAUAAGAGGGAAGCUGAGAAAAAAGGUUUGGAUAAAUACCUCGGACAUUAUAUUGAUUGGUCUACGAGACUAUCAAGAUAACAAAGCUGAUGUAAUCUUAAAGUAUAAUGCAGAUGAAGCAAGAAGUCUGAAGGCCUAUGGAGAACUUCCAGAACAUGCCAAAAUCAAUGAAACGGACACAUUUGGUCCUGGGGAUGAUGAUGAAAUCCAAUUUGAUGAUAUUGGAGAUGAUGAUGAAGACAUUGAUGACAUCUAGCCUGACCUAAGCAUGCUACCUUCCAAGUUCUCUGAAGAUAGCUCCACACAGUGGCAUCUUGACCUUCAUCUGUUAAGUAAAACUUCAUGGCAUGUGUAUGACUUGUUAAUGCAAGCUAAUGAAUUUUAUUUUUUGAAGUACUAUAUUUCUUUGAAAACCAAAGAUGUUGAGUUAUCAUCUUAAGUGACAUGUUAACACUUUGUGCUUUUGAAUAUAAUUGAACCUAGCGCACAGCAGUGAGCACUGUUAAGAGACUGCCUUUCCAUUUGUAGCUUCAUUUCUGGCACGGGAGUGUUUUGUGUCAGCAGUUCUGCCAGGUGGCCAUCGUGAGCUGAAGUAAGUCCUAGUCCAGCACAUCUGCUUCAGGCCUUUGUACUCUAGUCAUCUGGCUGCGUUCGAGACUUCUCAGCAGACUUAUAGAUGUGUACGGCUGCACUUGGAGUCAGACAAGAUAUGGCUACUUUUGUACUUAUGGAGCCAUGCCAUUUUAUACUUUCACGUUGUAUACAUUCGUUUGAUCCUUUAAGUUGUUGCCACCCAUAAAAAGGCAUCUUACAGUGCAGUUUUUAAAUUACAUGGGUAGCAAUUUUGAGUUUUAAAAAUUAGUCAUUGCAGAAAUUAAAUACUUAGAGGAGAUAAUCCAUUAUCUUGACUUUAGGAAUAUAAUAGUUGACAAUGUUUAUAUAUAAUUUUACUUCUCUAAGGCAUACCCAAAAAUAGAAAAUGAAAAAGAGCAGUGAGUCUGUUCUGAUGCUUGCAUUGCAUAGAGAAGUUUUCCAACAAAGCAGCUGUUAAUAACACAUAAAAUAUGUUUUACUUUGCAAAGUAGGUUGUGUUAAGUCAUUUUCAAAAAGUUACCUACUAUAUCGAGGCUCUGGAUAAUUACUAUGUGUUGAUUAAAGUUAGUUACAGAAUUGUACAAGCUAAGUUUUCCUUAAACUAAGCUUAGGUUAAAGGGAGAGGAGCCACAGCUCAAUGAAAACACGGUUCCUGUUUUCUAAAUGGAGGCGCCCAGAAACACAAUAAAACAUGUUGGUACAAAAACUUUUUCUUUUUAAUAUGUUCAUUGUAUCUCUGGUAUAUAACAAAAAUAAAUGACUGGGUGAUUUCUGGUAUAUCAUGAGAGGCUUUUUUUUUUUUUUUUUAAAUUAGACUCUGGGAUUUAAAUGGGACUUAACUAUUUUCCCAUUUAAAUGACGCCAGUAUUGGGGUCCUGCAGCCUAACCCUGCUGCUUAGGGAGUGAGUAUAAACCGCGACUGUCAGUCCUCAGAUGCCUUCCUUUUUAAAGACUAGUUCUUUCUCAGGUCUUCUUCUUGACACCUACAAAUGGUGCCUGACCACAAGACGACAGUAUUCAUCUUCACUUUUAUUUUUUGAUUGCUUGUUUUCUAGUUAACCCAGAAUAAUAUAGCUUAUGAAAAUCUCCCAGUCAGGAAGAAAGAAAGAAAGAGAAAGAAAAGCAAAUAUGAUUUUCCUGAUCAUUGAUUGGUGGAUCUCUUCUAGAUGGAGAUAUGUAGAUCUUUGUAAAGGUUAAUUUUAUAAAGUGAGAGUAGACAUGGUACCCACACUUAGAAGCAGAUCCCACAUCCCCAGAAGGACAGUGUGUGUUUAGAAAGAACACAUCACUGGAGCUUUUUAUUGCUCUACACAGUGUAUCUAAAUAAGCUGUCAACUACAAUUUAUCCUAUUGCUGCUGUAAAUUUUUAUGACAGAAAGAAAACCUGACCAUGGACCAGCUAGCUUGAUGGCCUUCAGCAGCAAACAAGAAACUGUCCAAGUUAGGAGGUGAGGACUAGUGCCUGAAGAUGUCCUCUCAGUCCACAACAUGUACAGGUGCCCAUACACACAUCAGCACUCGCACAAAGAUGCUCUGGAGGCUAUAGUAGUGUGUCUUGGUCAUUGCAAACCAUCAGAGGCAAACCCUGAGGUAUUCCCAUUUCCUGUUUCCUGCUUGCAGUGUCUACAUUUCUCUCCCAUUCUAAUGAAGGAAUGAUUCUUUUAUAACAUGAGUGAUUUUAUGCUGUUUAUAAAAGUAAAUGUUGACAUGUGUUAGAAUUAAAAUGACUUAGAGAAAUA